GUUGCCCUCAUGGGGCCUUUUGAAAUGACAAAACGUAGAAUUAGUGCGGUGUAGCCAUUUGCUGAAAGACGUUGCAGCUAAUUUUAUAGUCAAAACAAUGACAAAGGCUUUAUAAUGUCAUAUCAAGAAUACUGGUGUAACAGAAAUAUAUUCUGAAAAUGACUGUCUACCUGUAUGUGUGCACAAUAUGCAGGGUGAUUUCAAAUGGAUUUGCUACAGCGAAAGAGUUCGUCAAAGAUGUCUUAGAAAUUAACCACUCAUUAAUGCUGCAACUGAUAAAAUUUGGGGUGACAUUAUUUUCAUAUUUGUGUACUGCUCUCAAUUUUGUGUUCAUUAUUACUUACACAGUGGUCAUCUGUGUCAAAGAUUUCUUUUUGGACUUCCUUAAUUUCUUGACUGCAUUGGCAUACUUGCUGUGGAAGUUUGUGGUUUUGCUGUAUGGAGUUUUUGAUUUAAUAUUCCGUUUGCUAGAAAGCCUAGCUUUUUUCUUGUGGACAGGGGGAAGAUGGACUGCUCAAACCAUUAAAACAUCCGGGCACAAUUUGGCUGAAAAUGGUCUUGUAACCUGGAAGUUAUUUGUUGCAUCACUAAAGGAAUUUACGCAAUCAGUAAUUGAGGGUGUUUCAAUGGUUGGUUAUGGUUUUAAAUGUGGUGCUAUAUUUUUUUAUGAAAAUCUGUGCAUAGUAUAUUCUGUUGUUUGUGAUAUCAUUUAUAGCAUUGAUGGUAUGACGAGAAGUGUCAUGCGCUAUUGCUAUGAUGCAUGUUGCUACUUUGUCAAAGAAUGCCUGCUCAACUUGUCACAAGAUGCAUAUAUUGGCAUUAUAAUUGUCUGUCUCACAUUCUACAUUUUCAAGAGCAUGUACAAGAUAAUGACCACAGAAGGUUUAACAUUCCCAGUACCUAGGUGGCGUGGAAGAAGUGUAAUUGUUAUUGACGACAAUCAUGAUUACAUUGAUGAUGGCUCAAGGGCAGAAUUUUCAGAUGACGAAGAUGUGAUAGAUUUGACAGUAACAGAUGACAACGAUUUUGAUGAAGAAUAUAGUGUAGUCUCUGACUAUAGCGAUGAUUCAGAUGGCAGUAUGGAUGAAAUAUCGACAGACGGUGAACUAGAAGUGGACUCUGAGAGUGAUAAUGAAAGCAACGCUCAGAGCGAUAGUGAAGUGAGUGAGAUAAAUAUUCAGUUACCAGACAUUGGCAGCCAUUAUGAUUUGAGGAGAUCAAUUACACCAUCUAGAUGCAAGCCGAAGGAUAUGAAGGCGGAAGAUUCGGAAAGAUUGAUUGAAUCAGAGAAGGAGCGUCGCAUGUGCGUUGUGUGUCAAGACAGAACCAAAUCUGUGCUCAUUUUGCCGUGCAGACAUAUGUGUCUAUGUAUUCAGUGUGGAAACAAUAUCGCAAGAACGAGAAAUCGAGAUAGACGAAAAUGUCCCCUCUGUCGAUCAAAAAUCAAUACUAUCAUGAAUGUUUAUGUUUGAAUUUUAGGCUUUGUGUAAAAUACAGAUACUACUGCACGAACCACUGACUCAUCAGCUGGGAACUGCCCAUCAACAAGUGUUUCUAUGGAAUAUGUUUAUGUGGAAACCUUAAUGUUGUAACAAUUUGUCGAAUCAAACAUGUCAUAUGUACCACAUGUAAUAAAUUAAUGUUUGGCAUAACUUCCUACAGUUUCUUUAUCAAGAGAUAUGCAAUAUAAUAGAGACAUAUUAUGUGGUCAUGCAAAGAUUGUUAUAACCACUAAAUAAGUUUGGGGUUUAUUGUAACAGCGAUGAAAGUUUAUGUUCGAUAAGGUGAGCGAUAGCUAUGAAUCAUGCGGGUUGUAUUGGAGUAUAGUGUGUAUGGAUAGAUCUAUAUGAUAAAGAAUAGAUAGAGUUCAUUGUAGGGCUUUAUAAUGAUAAGUACCAAAAGGAAGCUAUUAUACAAGACAUGUUAACAGUGUAUCAUUUAUAAUUUAUCAGUUCUCAUGCCAUUGGAAUGGUAUUGGUUGUGUGUUAUGCGGUUUACAAUUUGUGUGGGUGUCUGUUUUGACUUCAAAUAUUUGCAUAAAUUUUAAAAGCAAAUCAAUUGCUAUUAUGCUUUUGGAAUGGUAUUGGUUUUUGUUUUGCUAUUUUGUUGAGCAGUUCCUGAUUUUUGGUGGAUGUCCGUUUUGACUUAAAUAUUUGCUUAAAUUGGGUGACACUUUAAAAGCAAUGCUAACAGGCUAGACGAUCUGUCUUUUCUCAUUGGAUUUGUAAGAGGAAGGUUACAUUUGUGAAACUUUUGCUGGUGCUGAAUGAAAUAUGUUUUGCUAACUCAUUCAUAAUUGUAUUUGAAUUAUGUUCAUAAAAUAUUUUGCUUAACACUGCGACAAAAUUACAAUGUGCCAGUUUUGCCUCAAUUGUACAUUUUUGUCAUCACCAUAUUCUCAGUAAAUAAUAUUGUAUUAGUGUUAAGCCUUUACAGACAUAAUGAUAUUUGUUAAGCUUGAAUUUAUAUUCUUUAAUUUUUUACUUCAAUCUUUUUUAAUACUUAUUACCCAGUUUAUAAGUGACAUGAGACAGUAGAGUUUUGAUAACCAUUUCGCAGUGGUUUGGGAAAGCCAGGCUAAAGGCAUGUGCAUAAAGGGUUGUUUCAGAUUAGCCUGUGGAUUCAGCACAGGCUUACGAGGUGCAACACUUUUAUGGUAUUUUUUGUUUAAUGGAAGUCCCUUCUAAGUCAAUAUCUUGUUGAGGCAGACAGUGUGAUCCCUUUUAAGCCUGUGUGGACUGCAGAGGCUAAUCUGUUACGACAUGUCACAUAUAUGCAUUAGGCCCGGUUUUCACAGAGCUCUGCUAAUUUAUAACGUGUUUUUUUUUUUCGCUAUGAGAGGUAUUUCAAUAGAAGUAAAUUCAGCUUAAUAUUAGCUGGGCUGUUUUCGGAGAAAACCCGAGGUAUUGUCAUAGUCAGCUCGUCUUGUCCGUUGUCGUCCGCCGUCCGCAUUGUGCUAAAACCUUCACAUUUUGCUCUAAAAUCAAAGUGCUUCCACCUACAACUUUGAAACUUCAUAUGUAGCUGCAUCUUCAUGAGUUUUACAUGCCACACCCAUUUUUGGGUCUCUAGGUCAAAGGUCAAGGUCACUGUGACCUCUAAAAAAGAAAAAUUCUGGCAAGCUUUCGCAGCCAAGCGUGGCACCCGUUUUGCGGUGCACUUGUAUGUCAUAAUUGUUUAUAAUUAUUUUACUAUUUCUGUGAGUGUUAAGUAAGGGACCAUACAUUGUUUUCUUUCUAUAUUUUUCUGGUUAAAGAACCAAUUCUGAAGGCCAAUAUGAUAAAAUUGUUGAUCAUGAAACAACUAUUCACCAAAGGUGGUAUAUUAAGACUACCGUAUGUAAACACAUAUUUGUACCAAUAUCACACUAAAUAUGAUUGUUCAUUAUUUAAAACAUUAUUUGCUAAUUGAAAUAACAUGUACUACCCGGUAUUUUUAUUAAGUGUUUCUCAAUGUUUGUGUUUUCACAAGGUGGAAUUCCAUAUAUUCAUGAGAAUCAGAACAAAUUGUUGCAAAAGCAGUUUCAAUUUUGUGUAAAUACUGUAACAAUUUAGUUUACCCUAACCCCUUUCCCGCUCAGCAGCUCAGUGGAAAGGGCUUAUGAAACCAGUGCAAAUCAGAACAGCCUGGGAGUAACUGUUCAGGUUGUAUGUUGUUUGAUGCUCAUCAGUAUCUUAGGGUUGGAAAAGAAGCCUUUAAAACAAAUUGAAUCAAGUAAGAGAGGUCUAUAAUUUAAUUUAAUUAGAUUUUCUAAGAGACUUUAAAUGUGUAAAAGUGUGUAUCUGAGUAGUGAAGGGUUUAUCUAUCAGAUAAGCCUAAGAUAUAUCUAGGCUCUUAUAUUGAGGAAAGUAAAUAUUAACAGUGCAGAUCUGCAUACAUGUACAGUAGAAGACUAAAAGCAAACAUUAUUGUUUACUUCUAUGUUUGAUUGAAACAUUUAUGUAUCUAUUUUGACUAUUAUUCUCAAUCACUUAUACUUGCAGAUAUUUAUAAUAUAUCCAUACUUGCUUAUUUUUUUAUGCUUUUUAUUUGACGUGAUCAUUUCAUUAUUUCAUGAUUCAUAUUCUUGCAAUAUCUGUUGACAUUAUCAUAAUUAAUGUUUGUUUCAUGCAGAUAUCAUCAAAUCUUGCAGCAAUGCUUUACAUUUACUGUUUUAAAGCCUGCCUUCUUAAUCAUAUGAGCCUCAAUCUGGGAAAACUGGGCUUAAUACAUUUGCGUAAAAUAUUGCCCCAGAUUAGUUUGUGCAGUCUGCACAAUGUAAUCAAGUAUGACAUUUUCAGUAUUUACUGGAAUUUUUUGUUCAGUGUUAGUCUCUUCAAAUGAAAAUCCACUGCACAGUCAUCCCUGAUUAGUGUGUGCACACUGCACAUGUCAUCCCUGAUUAGUGUGUGCAUACUGCAAUGUCAUCCCUGAUUAGUGUUUGCACACUGCACCUGUCAUCCCUGAUUAGUGUGUGCACACUGCACAUGUCAUCCCUGAUUAGUGUGUGCAUACUGCAAUGUCAUCCCUGAGUAGUGUGUGCAUACUGCAAUGUCAUCCCUGAUUAGUGUGUGCAUACUGCAAUGUCAUCCCUGAUUAGUGUGUGCAUACUGCACAGAUGUCAUCCCUGAUUAGUGUGUGCAUACUGCACAGAUGUCUCAUCCCUGAUUAGUGUGUGCAUACUGCACAGAUGUCAUCCCUGAUAAGUGUGUGCAUACUGCACAGAUGUCAUCCCUGAUAAGUGUGUGCAUACUGCACAGAUGUCUCAUCCCUGAUUAGUGUGUGCAUACUGCACAGAUGUCUCAUCCCUGAUUAGUGUGUGCAUACUGCACAGAUGCCAUCCCUGAUUAGUGUGUUCAUACUGCACAGAUGUCAUCCCUGAUUAGUGUGUGCAUACUGCACAGAUGUCAUCCCUGAUUAGUGUGUGCAUACUGCAAUGUCAUCCCUGAUUAGUGUGUGCAUACUGCACAGAUGUCAUUCCUGAUUAGUGUGUGCAUACUGCACAUAUGUCCUGCCUGAUUAGUGUGUGCAUACUGCAAUGUCAUCCCUGAUUAGUGUGUGCAUACUGCACAGAUGUCUCAUCCCUGAUUAGUGUGUGCAUACUGCACAGAUGUCUCAUCCCUGAUUAGUGUGUGCAUACUGCACAGAUGUCAUUCCUGAUUAGUGUGUGCAUACUGCACAGAUGUCAUCCCUGAUUAUAGUGUGCAUACUGCAAUGUCAUCCCUGAUUAGUGUGUGCAUACUGCACAGAUGUCAUCCCUGAUUAGUGUGUGCAUACUGCACAGAUGUCUCAUCCCUGAUUAGUGUGUGCAUACUGCAAUUCAUCCCUGAUGAGUGUGUGCAUACUGCACAGAUGUCAUCCCUGAUUAGUGUGUGCAUACUGCACAGAUGUCAUCCCUGAUUAGUGUGUGCAUACUGCAAUGUCAUCCCUGAUUAGUGUGUGCAUACUGCACAGAUGUCAUCCCUGAUUAGUGUGUGCAUACUGCAAUGUCAUCCCUGAUUAGUGUGUGCAUACUGCAAUGUCAUCCCUGAUUUGUGAGUGCAUACUGCAAUGUCAUCCCUGAUUAGUGUGUGCAUACUGCACAUAUGUCAUCCCUGAUUAGUGUGUGCAUACUGCACAGAUAUCAUCCCUGAUUAGUGUGUGCAUACUGCAAUGUCAUCCCUGAUUAGUGUGUGCAUACUACACAGAUGUCUCAUCCCUGAUUAGUGUGUGCAUACUACACAGAUUAAUCUGGAACAGCACUUUAAAGAGGCCUUUUCACAGAUUUUGGCAUGUAUUGAAGUUUGUCAUUAAAUGCUUUAUAUUGAUAAAUGUAAACAUAGGAUCUAAAAAGCUCCAGUAAAAAACAUAAAUACUAUUAAUGAAAGAAAAAAAAGGUUCCCAGCUCAACAGGGCUCGAACCACUGACCCAUGGAGUAAAAGUUGAACCCUUAGACCAAUCGGCCAUCCAUUCUCAUAGAGAAAAUGAUAUAUAUUAUACUUAACAUAAACAAUCCUUGUAGUGUCACAAAAUUUAACGACAACAACAGAACUCUCCAAAUUAUUAAAUCUACAAUGAAAAUUUGCGAAUCUUAAACAUUUUUUUCAAUUUUGUCAGUUUACCAAAACGUGUUAAGGUCCCUUUAAGCACAGUUUUCUCAGAAUACAACUCUUAUUAAAAAUCAUUGAUAUUUUUUCUUGGCUUUACAUAACUUUUGUCCAACUUAUUUGUUUAUAAAUGUAAACUGGCAGACAUGAUAUAAUAAUUAAAUGAAAAUGCCAAUCCAACUAUGUUCAAAGGCUUGCUGAUUCUAUCUGCUGUUGCUUUAUUUAAACUGAGAUACACUUUCCAUACCUUAAUCACCAUGAUUGAGCAACAAGUUGUUUCCUGGUUUGUCUGCAUUAUACUGUAGGCCACUUUAUAGCCUUGUGUAAACAAUAGCACCUCAAACUUUGUCAAUAUUGAACUUCGACCUAUACACUUAUGACCACAGGUUCAGCCAUUAUUUAAAGGGACCUUUUCACAUUUUGGUAAAUUGACGAAAUUGAAAAAAGUUUCAGAUUUGCAAAUUUUUGUUGUAGUUAUGAUAUUUGCGAGAAAACAGUAACACUGAACACUAGUCAUGCUCUUAAAUAUCCCAUUAUGUGCAUCUUUUUACGAUUCAAAAACCAUAAAAUUAUGAAGCGUUAUAAACGUGAAACCAUUGAAUAAUUUGAAGAGUUCUGUUGUUAUUGUUAUAUUUUGUAACAUUACUAGCAUUGCUUAUAUAGAGUAUAAAAUACAAUAGCAAUUGUAUGAGCACAGAUGGCAGAGUGGUUUCAGUGUUAGACUUUUACUCCAAGGGUUAGUGGUUUGAGUCCAGUUGUGGAGAACUUUUUUUCUUUCUUUCAUUUUAUUCUUGUAUUUAACUUGAGAGCUAUUUAGUUCAAAUGUUUACAUUUAUCAAUUAAAAGCAAUUAAUGAAAACUUCAAUACAUGCCAAAAUCUGUGAAAAGGUCCCUGUAAGCUGUUUUUAUGACAAGUGAAUGAACAAAGACAUGUUUUGCCAUUUUCACAAUUAAUAUGCGUUUCAAUUUAAGUUAUAGGAAUAACUAAUUGUAAGAUCACUCCAUUCACAAACUGUUCGAUGUUAUUUUCCACUGUUUUCUCAGCAAAAUUCUGAGUUAUUUUCUUCAUAAUGUAGUAAAGGUAGUAAAUGUAGUAGUAGUAGAAGUAGCGGUAGUAGUAGUAGUAGUAAAAGAAGCAUUAGCAGUUGUUGUAGUAUAAAUAGAAAAACAAGUAUAAGCUUCAGUAAUAGUAGCAGCAAUAGGAGAAGUAGUAGUAGUAGUAGCGAUAACAGCAGCAGCAUUAGUAUUACUUGAAACAGAGGUAAAAUCAGCAGAACAAAAAUAAUUGGGCCGUGCUGUGUGAAAAAGGGUUGUAUACAUGUGCGUGAAGUGUUGAACCAGAUUAGCCUGUGCAGUCUGCACAGGCUAAUCAGGGACAACAAUUUCUGCCUAAUCUGGAUAUUUUCUAAGAAGAGACUUAAUAAACGGAACAAAACAUAAAAGUUGAAAUUGUCGUCCCUGAUUAGCCUGUGCGGACUGCAGAGGCUAAUCUGGUAUGACACUUUACGCACAUUCAUUAAACCCCUUUUUCACAGAGCAAGGCUCAAUUAUAAGAAGUAGGUACUGGUAUCAUAAACCAGAUCAGUUGUACAAAGUCUAGAAAAGAACUACAGUAGAGAUGUAGAUAUGUUAUCUAGUGGUAAGUCACUUUUGUUGACAACUUAAAGGACCCUGGCUCAGCGGCAUCACCUUCUUACCCAUUUUUUGCACAAGACAAAUAGUUGCUUCAUUGACCUAACAUAAUGGAUAUAGGCAUACUUUACCUUCUGACUCAUUCACAUGGGUCUUUAACAAAAAUACCUUUUAAAUAUGUUAAAAGUAUGUUACAUGUAUUGGGUAUUUUUGAAUAAGGCCUCUGUGAUCACAACCCUGACUUAUCAUGUAUAUUGCAUCAUUUCUUCCCUUGGAACCCUACAAACAAGUGUUUUGAGAAUAAACUAGAUUAAACUCCCUCAUAAACUCACAGAGAAAAUACUGUCAAGGAAGUAUAUUUAUUUAUUUAUCAAAAUUUGCAAUAAGGGCACAGUUAUGUAGAAUAAGUGUGGUAACCAUCGGCUAGAGAAAUAUUAAGCUGUGCUCUGGCAAAAUGAGGCUUAAUGCAUGUGCUUAAAGUGUCGUUCCAAAUUAGCCUGUGCGUACCGCAGGGACUACACCUUCAGUUCUGCUGUAAUUGGAUUUUCAUUUAGAAGGGACUUCUUUUAAACUUACAAUGCCUUACAAGCGGACAGUGUUGUCCCUUAUUAGUAUGUGCAGACUGCACAGACUAAUCUGGGACGACACUUUUCACACAUGCUUUAAACCCCAUUUUCCAAAAGAGAGGAACUUAUGUUUGUGCGUUUUGAUUUUAUUUGAAAUGCUUGUUCAUCCAAGUUUUGACCAUUUUAUGUUUAUAGUUGGUUACAUUGGUUAUAGUUGGUGACCUGUUAUAGAAAAUGGGAAUAAGAAAAAGAAUUUCACUCCUGAUAAAGUUUCUGGAGUUUCUAUGUUAUCUAUAUUAAUAUUUAUAACAUAAUUAUAUACUUGUAUUACUCUUGUAUUAUCUGUUGAUAUUAUGUGUGUCUCAUCCAGUUAUAUGUUAACCGCACACUUUAUGACAAU